AUGGCCAUCAAAGUUUACAUUGUGUACUAUUCCAUGUAUGGACAUGUAGAGAAACUAGCAGAAGAGAUAAAGAAAGGGGCUGCAUCUGUUGAAGGAGUUGAAGCCAAAAUAUGGCAGGUCCCUGAGACACUACCAGAUGAGGUACUCACAAAGAUGGGUGCACCUUCAAAGAGUGAUGUGCCUAUUAUAACACCCAACGAACUUGCUGAGGCUGAUGGCUUUGUAUUUGGAUUUCCCACAAGGUUUGGUAUGAUGGCUGCUCAAUUCAAAGCAUUUUUUGAUGCUACUGGAAGCUUAUGGAGAAUGCAGCAGCUUGCUGGAAAACCUGCUGGGAUUUUCUACAGCACUGGAUCUCAAGGUGGAGGACAAGAAACUACAGCGUUAACUGCUAUCACUCAGCUUGUUCACCAUGGAAUGCUCUUUGUGCCCAUUGGAUAUACAUUUGGAGCCGGCAUGUUCGACAUGGAGAAAGUAAAAGGUGGAAGUCCUUAUGGUGCUGGAACCUACGCUGGUGAUGGUUCAAGACAACCAUCAGAGCUUGAAUUACAGCAAGCUUUCCACCAGGGGAAAUACAUUGCCACAGUCACCAAGAAACUGAAGGAAGCUGCCUAA